AUGUUUAAAAUACUUUGGAAAAGAAAAGUAAUAGAAGCUUUUUUAUUGAAAUUGGAGAGAUUGUUAUAUUUUAGUUUUUAAGAUAAAAUAGUAUAGAAAUAAAGUAAGUGGUUAGCUAUUAAGGUAAUGUAAAUAUCUAAUUGAUUAAAAUUAAGUCUGCUGAAUGUAAUGUGUUGGUUAUAUCAAAUAAGUAAGGAGUAUAAAAAUGA